AUGAUCCUAAUUACUCACUAUAUCUCUAACACUCCUAACUUAAAGUCCUAUACGUACUAUACUAGACUAUAUAAGGUUUACGAGUUAGUUCCUAAGGGUGUUAAGGUAAGGGGGGAAUAUAGUGUAUUAUUAGACGAGGAGGAUAAAGAAGUUGACCCUAUCGAGUUCACGCUAGGUUUUAAGCUUAUUGAACGCGUCUUAGCGGCGAUUCGUGACCUUAUCGCUAGCUUCGAUAACCUAGUGAAGAAUUAUAGAUAUUAUCACUUCCUUACUAGAACGCGUAUUAAGCGGUAUAGGGCCGCUAUAGGUUUUAAGAAUGCUAUUAUUCUUACUAUCGGUAAGCUUAUUACCGACCCUAUACUCCGGUCUACUCUACGUAUUCAUCUAAGCUACUUCCCCUUCGAUUAG